AUGCGUCUAACCGUGGAUCUGAUUCUCCAAUCUCCACAGUACAUAUCGCCAUCGAAGAACUGGACUCUCGGCCUGCGAGGAUGCCAGGUUGACGUGAUCGAGAACCUGGGAGCCACCGCGGACCAUUUCGAGUGUAUUGACCUCAGCGACAAUGAAAUUAUAAAACUGCAAAAUUUUCCUCCUUUGAAUCGACUCACAUCUUUGAUUGUUUGCAACAAUCGGGUAUCACGCAUUGCAUCGGAUCUCUUUGAAUGCCUCCCCAACGUUGUUUCGCUUGUCUUGACCAACAACAGACUUGAGCGACUCUCCGAUUUAGAGCCUCUUUUCAAGGGCAGGUUUUCAAUGCAUCCAACAACAACUCGAGUUGCCUCCCAUGUUUUACUCAUUGUGUUUCCUCUUAUCAGCGUCUUUUGUCUUUUCCCCGCCCUGUACCGACUCGCCCGAUCGGAAUUGCAUUUGUCUGUCCUCAGCAAAGAAACUGGAACGUCUGGUUUUAACGGAGAACCCCGUCUGCUCGACCCCAGGCACGUUCCUUUAAAUCCGGCUUGUCAGGAUUUAAGGGACUGCAAGGUUUUUGUUUGUGCUUUUUGGGUGCUAAUUUCCCUUUCCACCUCAGCCACUCCGCGCCAGCCACCCCAGACCGGCGUAACGACUGCCCCUACCGUCGCCUCAGAAGCCCGUGGCUUAAAGCCCCAACAACUGGAAGCCAUCAAGGUCUGUUGGUGUGCUGAUGGUAGAGUGCUCUUUCGCUUUUAUGGUUUUUUCAUGAAUAUGAGUGCGCAAAGCAACACCUUCUUCGUCUCUCUAGAGACAGGAAGGCAUCUUAUUUGGGAUAGUGAUGGUAUCGUUCCGGAUGGAUCCAUAUUCAAUGGCUCCCCCCCUCUACCGACGCCUGCACAUCCGGCAUCACUCCUGUUGCGCACUCCUCAAACUCGCUGUUACGCUCUUCUUGUUUUUGCGGGCAUGUUUGCUUCCAGAAAGCGAUAG